AUGUUGAAAGUGAAGAUUUGUUUACAUGUUUACAACGUGAAAGAUAUGGAGAAACUCAAAUUACAAAUCAAUGGAGUGGAUAUUGAAGUGGAAGAUACCAUGGAAAAUGUUCGAAAAUUACGAAAUGACGACAAGCUCCUUAAACAGUAUGUUAUGGAAUUAUAUGGUUCUGGUUAUCUGAAAGAUUUUUCUAUACAUGGAAGAAUAACAUCCAUUUAUAUCUAUAAUGAUGAUGAAGAGAUCCCUGAAGAAAUGCAGGAAGCACAGAAUGAGAUCAGUUUAGAUAGCAUUGAUAUCGAUUCUGAUACAGACUUCAACGAAACUCUGCCAAGCCCAACAUGGCAAUUUGCAGAACCUUCAACAUCUAAUAUAGUAUCACCUGACCAGAACCAGAAUGAUUUGGAUCCAAGAAAUUCAGGAAUGAUUUGGACUACUAGGGGAAAACCAAGUAGCAAGGAUAUUGAAGCCACAGAUUUUUUUUUGAGUUUACGUGGAAAUGACCAUUAUAUGAAAUGUUUUAAUGAUAAAAAAUCAAGUCAUAAUAUUUUAUGGCGUGACAUAGCCAAAAGAAUGAAUGAGGCAGGCUAUUGGGUAGGAGAAGGCAAAGUAGCAACUGAUAAAUUAAGGCAUAAAUUUAAAAAUCUAACAAAAAUGUACAUGAAUUUUAUUGCCUAUGUCAAAAGAACAACAGGAACACCCAAAAGAGAUCCACCUCAAUUCUAUGAUGAAUUACAUAAAAUAUUUGGUGAGAAAGAUAAAACGAAUCCCAAGCUUAUUAUCGAUUCUGAGUUGAAUACUUCUGAGAAAAUUGUUUCUACAGAAUCUCUUGCUAGUGAAAAUUUGGUAGACAAUCAUGUCCCUGAGAAUCCAUUAGAAAGGAGUGAUACUCCUUUUACAGCAAGUGAUUGCGUAGAACAAUCUGUUACAAAAGAAAAUGUGAAUGCCAAUGAAAAAAAUAAGCCAGCAAGAAAAAGGGCAUAUAUGUCAGUGAAUGAAGAUAUCAAUAUAAGAUUGAAGAACAUUGAGACAAACUCAGAAAAACACUUUGCUCAAAUGUUCAAGUUAAUGAAUGACCAAAAUAAAAUUCUUAAAGAACAAAAUGACCAAAGGAAUAAAUUAAUCAAUAUUUUUGAAAAACUUGUUGAUAAAGAAAAUAAAACAAGAAAGCGAAAAUAUUCCUCAUCUUCAGAUUCUUAA